AUGAAUGUGCGUCCAUGUUAUUCUUCAUUUCUAUCGCGUUUCUUACGGCUAUAUGUGCAGAAUCUCCUAAGGACACUUACGGAGAGUCAUGUCAAAGAGGCAUUUCCGAAUACAGACCUCAAAUUGCUGUUGACGACGGUCAAGGAAGGCAGGCACGCUGGAGACAAACUAUCAGAUCCAUUCUAUGAUUCCCUCGACGGUUUACUUGCUGAUUUGCGGACAAUCACUAUAGACAAUCACGAUGCAGAGGCUUUCCUCAAACCAGUUUCCAAGACGGAAGCUCCGGAUUAUCACACAAUCAUUCAAAACCCUAUGGACUUCCAGACAAUGGCCAGAAAAGUCAAGGCGAAGAGCUAUAAGUCCAAACGCGAAUUUCAGGACGAUUUGGACUUGAUAUGGACCAAUUGCUAUACUUACAAUGGAGAUAAUCAUCCCCUACGGCACUGCGUCAAUCGGCUUAAAGGCAAGGCAGAGAAGUUGCUGCGAAAUAUCACAGAUCGCAAGGAACGAGCCGAUCCUGUAAUUCCUGCUGCACUACAGGGUCCCAAAGUGAACGGCAUGGUGAACGGAUACUCAAGGCCCGGCAUGGUACAUCCCCGGUCUUCGAGCUCAGCCCCCCUCGCUAAGACUAUUGUCAAGCCUACUGCUGUGCCUCUACAGCGCCGAGAUUUACCUUUUGCCGACUCGCCAGCACUGAUUCGGACGCAGCAUGGUAUGUCGUUGUUCGCGAAAUUAAACCACGACUCUCCUCCACGCGACGAACUUCGGGUGUUCGCACCGGACUAUCAGAGCGAUGAUGUUGAUCCGAUUGAAGCGAAAGUAGAGGCGGUAACAGGCGAGAAGCGCAAGCUGAAUGGGCAGAUUGCUCGCCCACGCAAGCGUGCACGAGUGGAACCUCAAUACCCGAUCCCUCUUCCCUCCGAAAGCGAUGAUAUCACGCAGAUGUGGUGGAUGAGAGCGCAAUCUGACCUACUGCUUCCUAAUGGUCUGCCUGGGGUCCCACAGUCUCGGCCACCCAAAUCUUCACUUCCGAAGCGCAAGAAACGACGGAAACAGCUAGACCCUUCAAGGCCGAAUCCCAAGUCGUUAUUGACACUCAUGAACAACAACAUACGGACGAUGAGAAGAGUGAGGCAUACCCAUGCCAAGUUCUCAGCACUGGGAGGAACCGGCACCGAGGAUAGCGAAUCAUCAUUGGGAGAUCCGCCUGGAGGCAUGAUCGUGCCUGAUGAAGAGGCAGCUGUAGUGGAUGUUGACGGACGGCCGUGGAGUUUGGGGAAGAAGAGAGUGAGAAUAGAGGACAUCGGCGAAAAGAACAGCACAGAUUGUUUGCAGUGGAUGAGCAAGAAAGUUUUGGAGCAUUCGGGGUUUCAAGGCACUUCGCAGUCGGCUUUGGAUGUGCUUGCUGGAGUCACUUCGGAUUAUCUGUUGAACGUUGGACGAACCAUCAGAUUUUUGUCUGACAAGUAUUCAAAUACAAUGACUGCAGAGGAAAUCAUAUUGCAUACCUUAUUUGAGAGUGGCGUGACGCGAGUCCAAGACCUUGAGCGGUACAUUUCUGACGACGUUGAGCGGUAUGGAUCGCGACUGAAUGAUUUAGAGAAGAAGCUUGUUGGGGCAUAUCGAGAAGCGACUGCUGUCGAAGCUGUAGAAGACGAGGGCCUAUUCGAAGAAGAAGACGAAGACGAGGCUGGUGUCUUGGCUCUAGGCGACUUUGCGGAGUCUUUGGGAAUGGAUUAUCUGGGUCUACGCGAGCUCGGUAUUGCGGAGGAGUUAGGCAUGUCAAGCCUCACUAUUCCGAAGCGACUUCUCAAAGGCAAGAAACGGUCAAAGGGGCCGUUGUCUGCUACUGUCAAACCGUCAGAACCGCCCCCGCCCUAUCCACCGCCACUUCCUUUCGUUCCUCUCACUGUGGGCAAAGUCAGCAACCAGAUUGGCUUGCUCAAGUCCUUCUAUCAAAGUCGUAUCACAGCUAUGUCGGCCCCACCACCACCACCACCUCCAACUCUCAACUCGUACCCCCUUCUUACAGACUCCUCAGGUGCUCCAAUACCCAUACCUGUGCCGCCGCCGCCACCUCCUCCCAAUAUUCCACCGCCAGAUACCCCCAUACCAGAUGAAGCACCACCAGCGGCCCAGAUGAAGAUAGGGCCUCUGGGACAGAUCAUCAAAACGGGAGGGACAUCUGCGAAGAAGAAGUCAAAGCCUGCUGGUUCUGCAGCUCCAUCAGGGAAUACAGCUACAACCGUGGUGGGAGCGGCAGGAGGUACACCAGGAGAGGCUGCUGCACCAAAGAAGAAGAAGGGAGCUACAGGUGUGGGUACAGGGAACGGGCGCAAGAAGAAGUUACUGGAAGCUGCGCAGGCGCAAGCACAGGCACAGGCUCAGAUGUUCCCUGGGGUGAUUGUGGCCCAAAUAUGA